AUUGGAGGGGUGACCGACGCAUUGACGGGUUUGUAGAAACUAUGAGGGGUGAGAAAAGGCAGUAAACCUAAGCAAAGCAGUUCGUCGCGAAUAUUAAUAGGUAGUGGUAGUGUUUUAGCACUAAAUAUUACAAAUACCACGUGUUUACAAAACAAAAUAUAUCGAUGCCUUUGUUGUUUGAUGCAAAAAAUGUAAUGUGAGCAAGAUAAAUUCAAUGGUGAGGCGGAAUUUAUGUCACAAUGCUUAUUUAAAAUACAUUUGAACCUAAUAAUAGAAAUAAUUUAAUCAUCGGUUAAAGCGUACAUCUCCAGAGUAUAACAUAUGGACUGAAAAUGAUACACCGAAUUUUUUCCAUAGACUUCAAUCAGCAUUUUUAUGGAUAUGCAUAGUACAGAAACACAUUCCGAUUUAACUAAAUAUCAAAUAUCAACUGCUAAAACUGUGUCGAGUGCUCUUAGUACUGCAACAGUGUCGAGUUCUUCAAAUACGUUAUCUAAAACAGCUUCCAUUUUGCGUAAAUGUGCAGGAUGUCAUAAAAAUAUUCACGAUAGGUUUCUUCUCAACGCAUUGGAUCUAUUUUGGCACGAAGAUUGCCUCAAGUGCGGUUGCUGUGAUUGUCGUUUGGGAGAAGUAGGAUCUACGCUGUAUACCAAAGCAAAUCUUAUCCUAUGUCAAAGGGAUUAUCUUAGGUUAUUUGGUACGACUGGAUAUUGCGCAGCUUGUAGUAAAAUUAUACCUGCAUUUGAAAUGGUAAUGAAAGCCAAAAAUAAUGUUUACCAUUUAGAAUGUUUUGCAUGUCAGCAAUGUAGUAAUAGGUUUUGCGUAGGUGAUAGAUUCUAUUUAUGUGAAAAUAAAAUUCUUUGUGAGUACGACUACGAAGAACGGUUGGUGUUUGCAAAUAUGGCUUACAAUCCUACCAGUUUAGCUCAUAUUAAGCGACAAGUGAAUAAUUUACAGCGUGACGAAUUCGGGUACAAUUCUUCGAAUCCAAGACAAACAGCAACAGUUCAUUAAAAGUAACAUAAGUAAAUUAUGAAAACUUCUGAAUAUAAUACUUUUGUAAAAAUUAUAUUAUCAAUAAAAUGAAUUAACAAAGAA